CACUCACGCGCAUGACGUCACAUGCCUCUGUCCUUCCUCUCUCGGAUCUGAGGGAAAUGUCCGCCUCCGUCAGAAGCAUGUCUUUGACGGUCUGCCGAGCUGCGAGAGUCGCUUACAGAGCUUUUAAUCCAGCCACACGUUCGCUGUGUACCGGAGUUUGCCUAAGAACAGAAAGCCACCCCGCUGAAGUUUCAAGGGGCUUCGUUGAGUCCACAGAAGAGUUCAGGUUCGUGGAGAGACUCGUUCCUCCUUCACGCAUCCCAGCUCCACCUAAACAUGAAGGUCCUGCGCCGUCGGGAUGGAUCCCACCAUCAGCUACACCACCUGCCCUGCCUUACAUGAUCCGUCGCUCCAGAAUGCACAACGUGCCGGUGUACUCGGACAUAAAGCACGGGAAUCAGCACAGCACCCUCCUCAGAAAGAUCGAGGGAGACAUAUGGGCCCUGAAUAAGGAUAUUAAGGAACUCCUGCUGGGCCUCACGGGCAAAGAGCCUGCAACGCAGGUUAAUGAAGUAACGGGGACCAUAAGAAUUAAAGGGCAGUUUGAUAAAGAGCUGAAGGAGUGGCUGUUGACGAAGGGAUUUUAAAGCUGGUGUGGGCACAGCUAAUGAACUGAACUGCAAGACGAAGGCUGAGAGGAAACGUGUAAUAGUGUUCUCUCAGGCCGCAAACUGUCAUUAGUGUACCGUUUUCAGUACCUGUGUUUUGCUGUUGUAUUAAACAGUUUGUGAUUGUCUCCAA